GUUGUUGUUUUCUCAGGAGGCUACUCCACUUCUAGAUGGUGUCUCGAAGAACUUGUAAAGAUCAUUGAAUGUAAGAAAAAUUUUUCACAAAUAGUUUUACCGGUUUUCUUUUAUGUAGAUCCAUCAGACGUGAGGAAUCAAACUGGAACUUUUGGGGAUGGAUUUGCUAAGCUUGUAGAAAGUUGUCAUAAGGAGAAGUUAGAGAAGCUACAAAUGACAGAAGAACAAUUUAAAGAUAAGGUUCAGAAAUGGAGGAAUGCUUUGACUGAAGCAGCUAAUCUAUCUGGCUAUACUUUAACUCACACUAAGUCUGAAUUUGGUAUUUCGGAGAAAAUUGUCAGAGAUAUAGUGGAGAUGUUGAACUACUUGUCGUCCCCAAUUGACAGUAACAAUGAAUUGGUUGGAAUACAACCAAUAAUCAAUUACAUAAUUAAAUAUUUAUUGUGCCGUAAUGAUAAAUCUCAUGAUGUUCAUACCAUAGGAAUUUGGGGAAUGGGUGGAAUGGGUAAGACAACUAUUGCCGAGGUUUUAUUCAACACAAUAAGGAAGAAUUUUGAAGCUUCUUACUUUGCUCUAAAUGUUAGGGAAAAAUCAGACAAUCAUAAUACAUUAACCCUUUUGCGACAAGAACUUCUUUCUACGAUAACAAAUGAUCAGCAUGCUAAUAUAAAUUUUUCCUUCACAAAAAGAAGGCUUGGAUGUAAAAAGGUUGUCAUUGUUUUUGAUGAUGUUACAAAUUUAAGUCAAAUAGAAUUUCUAAUUGGGGAUCUUAACUCUUUGGGCCCAGGAAGCCAGAUUAUUAUAACAACAAUAAAUAAACAAAUACUCAGAAAUUGUGGAGUGGAUGAACAUAAUAUAUACAUGGUAGAGGGAUUAUCUCAUUGUCUAGCACUUCAGCUUUUUAGUAGGUAUGCUUUUCGACAAAAUCAUCCCAAAGUAGAUUAUGAUGAGUUAUCAAAUAGAGUGGUACAAUAUGCUAAAGGGGUCCCAUUGGCUCUUAAAGUGUUGGGUUCUUUUUUACUUGACAAGACAAAAAAAGUUUGGGAAAGUGCAAUAAAUAAACUAGAAAUUAUUCCUCAUGAAGACAUUCAACAUGUUUUAAAAGUAAGCUAUGAUGGACUCAAUGAUGUUGAGAAGAAUAUAUUUCUUGGUAUUGCGUGUUUCCUAAAAUGGGAGAAUAGAGAUUUUGCAAUAAUGUUCUUGGAUGCUUGUGGAUUCUAUGCGGAACUUGGAAUAAGUGUUCUCAUUGACAAAUGUCUUGUAACUAUAUCCACAGGUAAUAAGAUAACAAUGCAUAAUCUACUUCAAGAAAUGGGUUGGGAAAUUGUUCGGCAAGAAUCAACAAAAGAACCUGGUGAACGAAGUCGUUUAUGGCACCAUGAAGAUAUCUAUAGUGUAUUGGAAGAGAAUACGGGAACUAAAGCCAUUGAAGGCAUAUAUUUGGACAUGUUUGAAAAAGGAGAGAUCAUACACUUACAACCUUGUGCCUUACAAAUGAUGCGGAAAUUGAGAUUCUUUAAACUAUAUAGCUCACAUAACAAAGAGGAUGAUGUUAAUAAGGUGCAUGUUUCUCAAGACCUCUGUUAUGUUUUCAAUGAGUUAAGGUAUCUUUGUUGGCAUGGAUUCCCAUUGAAAUCGUUGCAAUCAAAUUUUCGGACAAAGAAUCUAGUUGCAAUCAACAUGCGUUAUAGCAAUAUCGAACGACUUUGGACUGGUGCCCAGCUAGUGAAGUUGAAACAUAUUGAUCUUAGUCACUCUAAGCAUCUAAGAAGGCUAUUAGAUCUCGCCUUGACCCCAAAUCUUGAGAGUUUAAUUCUAGAAGGUUGCACAAGUUUGUUUGAGAUAUAUUCAUCUGUUCUGAGUCUUGAUAAGCUUGUUAACUUGAAUUUAAGGCACUGCAAAAGCCUUCCUAGUCUUCCUAUGGGCAUUCGUUUAAAAUCUCUUAGGAAAGCCAUCCUUUCUUGCUGCUCAAAUCUCAAGACGUUUGAUCCAGAGAUCUCAUGUAAUAUAGAAGAGUUAUAUUUAGAUGAAACUGCAAUAGACCAAUUGCCCCCUUCAAUACAAAAUUUGUCGAGGCUAGUUAUAUUGAAUCUUAAGAAUUGUGCAAUGCUUGAGAGUCUUCCGAGCAAUAUCUCUUGGUGCUCGAACAUUGAUGGAUUGUUGGACAACUUAGGGAAUUUAGAAACUUUGAAGGUGCUUAAAGCAGAGAGAGUCGGUGAAUCAGAAGUACUAUCAUCCAUCUUGAAUCUGCGCUUUCUGAAGGAUCUAAAUCUUACCAACUGUUCUCUCAAGGAAUUAUCCAUUAAUCUUGGUCAGUUAUCCUCACUGGAAAGUUUACAUCUAGGUAGAAACCAUUUUGAGAGCAUUCCAACAAGCAUCAUACACCUUUCUAAGUCAUGGUAUCUUGACUUGAGCUAUUGCAAGAGGCUUCAAUCAUUACCAGAACUUCCGCCUCAGGUAGAAGUUCUAAAUGCACACAGUUGCAUAUCAUUGGAAGCUUCAUCAAAUUUAUGAAUGCUACUCUCCAGAGGUAUUUCUCAAAGUGCAGGAGUUAACUUCAGCAAUUGUUUCAAACUGGUGGAUCAAACUACAUUCAGACAAAUUGUGAAAGUUGCUUUUCAGAAAAACUGUCCUCGGAGCACGAGAUCAUUUCCAAGAUGUAGUGCUUCUAUCUGUUUCCCUGGAAAUGAAAUUCCAGAGUGGUUUAUCAUUCAAAGCACAGGAUCUUCUUUAACUUUUGAGCUGAAAGCAUACCCUACCUCUGCUGCCUUGAAUGAUCUAAUUUUGUGCACUAUUGUAGAAUUUCAGAAUUAUCAUAGUGAAGACCAGAGUUUGGUGAUUAGCUGUGAGUACACGAUCUCAAUUAGAAAAUCAUAUGGUAGAGUGCCACCAUUUCGUGGAAAUAUGAGGGUCUGGGACUUUGGUCCUGGACUCGGCUACGUUGACUCAGAUCACGUAUUCUUGGGAUAUGAUUUUCCUCGAAAAUUCGAUGAACUUGGCAUACGCGGAUAUUUGAUGAUGACAAUCCAAUUUUAUGUUGAGAAUUUAGAUACUAAAAGCAAUUGUUGUUGCAAAGUUACAAAGUGUGGAGCUUGGAGUCCAAGUUUGCAGUGGAUGACAAGUGAGAAGGAUCAGCUCUCCAAGAGAUUGAAAAUUUCAAAUUUCUUAGAAGGCGAAUCCAGCUCAAGAUAAAUAACUUCUAGGUACAUAAGGUAAUACCGAUAUUUCAGAUCUCACUUUGCUGCUAUUUUGGGAAGAAGUUUUGGAUAACAAGAACAUACUAUAUCAUCUGUAUUUUUAUAUGAAAAAAAUCAUAUCACAUAUAUCGUCCAUCUUUGCUCGUUUGAUUGUUAUGGUUUUAAUAUAAAACAAAAGAGACACUUACAACAGAUAUAAUCCUAAUUCUCUCCAAUGUACAUAUAUAGUAUAAUAAUAAUUCUUAUCAAUUAAUUAAA